AUGCAUCUUAAGGAACAGAACCAAAGUAACCAGUCUUCUCUCACACACUUUAUUCUGUUGGGAUUCUCAGAGGCUCAUGAGAUACAGAUUCUGCUUUUCACUGCGUUCCUUGUUUACUACCUGGUAGCAGUUGGAGGAAAUCUUCUCAUCAUCUCUACAGUAGCUACUGACCACCACUUACAUAAUCCCAUGUAUUUUUUUCUGAUGAACUUGGCCAUACAGGAUAUAGGAGAACUUUCAGUUAUUUUCCCCAAAUCCAUAGCAAAUUCCAUCCUGGAUAGUAGACAGAUUUCUUACUCUGGAUGUGUGGCUCAAGUACUUUUCUACGUCUUCUUCGUAGCCGCUGAUUUCUCUCUUCUCACAGUUAUGGCGUACGAUCGGUAUGUUGCGAUUUGCAAUCCAUUACAAUAUGAGAUGUUGAUGAACAAGCAAGCCUGCCUUCAAAUGACUGCUAUUGUCUGGAUCACUAGCUUCCUUUAUGGAGUAUUACACACUGGAGGUACCUUUGCAGCCCCAUUUUGUUCCAAUGUUGUCAAUCAAUUUUUCUGUGAAAUACCUGCUUUAUUAAAGCUCACCUGCUCCAACUUUUACUUACUUGAAUUUCGACUUGUUUUGUUGGGUGCUGCUGUUUUAGUAGGGUGUUUUAUUUUCAUUAUUGUGACUUACGUAUGCAUCUUUAAUGCGGUGCUAAAAAUUCCCUCCAUGCAGGGAAGGCAGAAGGUUUUCUCAACUUGCCUUCCCCACCUCAUUGUGGUUUCUGUAUUUAUAUCUGUAGGAUGUCUUGUAUAUAUCAAACCAUCUUCUAAUUCUCCAUCAUACCCAGAUUUGGCAUUUACUGUUUUGUAUUCCAUGGUUCCCCCUUUAAUGAACCCAAUAAUUUACAGUAUGAAAAACAAGGAAAUAAAAAAGUCUCUCUCUAAGAUUUUACUUCUAAAAUAA